AUGGUACGCAAGAAGUUUCUCAAGAAGAUUUCCAAGAUCUCCGAGAGGGACAAACAUGCUCAGCCAUUCAGAUUCAUGAAUCUGCCACCCGAGCUUCGUGUCGAAGUUUACCGUCUCGCCCUCGUCAAACAGGGGAACAAAUACGAGAGAGUCAAGUACACCCUCAGGCCACCAGCCCUCGCUCAGGUGUGCAAACAGCUCCGUGCUGAAGCUCUGCCAAUCUAUUAUGGUGAAAACGCAUUCUACAUCUCAAUGGACAUCGACGUAAUUGGAUACGAGGAGGGCAUGUAUCCCUUUAGAGAAGAUGACGAUAGCCAGCUAAAUAAGUUUCUCGAUAUGUGCUCUACUAUCGUUUCUACUGGCUGUCUCCAGUUUAUCACCAAUUUGGAGGUCAAUUACAGUGAACCAGUGUUCGAGGAUUCGUACAACUACUUGCUUGGCCUUGAGUUCACCCGCGAUUCAGACAUUUCCACCCAGAAUGGGCGAAUCGGUGAUGACAAUCUCGACUGGGAUGAUGCUGAAGCAGUAACUGAGGCAUUCAACGCUACCCUUAAGCGAUCGGUGGGAUAUGACGCAGAGAUGAGAGAACACGUCCCGGUCGCAGAUAUCAUCAAGGUUCUCUUUGCGCUCGCUAGGCAUUGUCAUAGUGCAAACCGUUGUGUGAGGCUGUCGUGGGACUUUGGCCAUUAG